CAUCUUCGUCUUUCCCAUCCCUCUGUUCUUCUUCCAUGGCGCAGCGGUCACAUGUUCCAGCUUUUGGGAACUGGGAAAGUGAAGGGAAUGUUCCAUACACAGUGUUCUUCGACAAGGCCAGAAAGGGCAGAGGCGGCGGACCCAUCAGAAACCCCAACGAUCCUGAGGAAUAUCCAGAAAUGUUCGCCGCCGAAAACACACCCAAAAAGGACGAUUCUCCAGCUCCGGCGCCGAUACCCAUGACCCACGAGAGGAGGCAGAGCCGUGAAUACGGCAGCUCCCCUGCCCACCGUGAAAAUCCCAGCCGAAAACAGAGUGGAACAGAGUAUAGCAUCGACCGCUCGCCUCUCCACCGCCAGGCAAAGCCGUCGGGAAGAGAGAGCCCAAUGGUGGAGAACAAGGGGUCCGAUGGUGGCUAUGGAAAUCGCGGGAAAUCUAGAACGAAGCCGCUUCAGGCGGAAGGGACGGCGGUGCCGAAAUUUGGGUCGUGGGAUGUGAACAAUCCGGCGUCGGCGGACGGUUUUACUCACAUAUUUGGUGAAGUUCGGAAGGAGAAGUUGGGGCCGGGAACGCCGCCGCGGCAGCCGCAUUCUUCUUCGCCGUACAACAAUCUUAAUAACCCAAAAGCCGACAACAGCGCCAAGGGAUGUUGCUGCUUUCCAUGGCUAAGUAAAUAAGUUUGAACUGUGUGGGCUUUUACUGUGCGGACUGGGCUCUGUUUAUGAACUAUAUGGGCUUUUACUGUGGGCUCUGUUUAUCGACUGUGUGGGCUUUCACUGUGCAGACUGGGCUCUGUUUAUGAACUAUGUGGGCUUUUACUUUGGGCUCUGUUUAUAGACUGUGUGGGCUUUUACUGUGCAGACUGGGCUCUGUUUAUGAACUAUGGGCUUUUACUGUGGGCUCUGUUUAUAGACUGUGUGGGCUUUUACUGUGCAGACUGGGCUCUGUUUAUGAACUGUGUGGGCUUUUUUGUAUUUAUUUUUAUAUAUAAAUUUCCUUAAUUCUUUUGUA